GACUCGUAUUCAUGCAGUUAUACAAAAGUGUCAAAAAUCCCGCCAAACCAAUCCAUUCAUAUUAUUAUCGUACAAUUCAAAGUCACUAGAUGUUACAUCGUACCGUGUCUCUUCCGUCGUGUUUAUUUUCCUCAAUCAAAAUGAACCUCACAAACAAACUAACAUUUUCCCAUAUUUUCCAAAAAUGUUCCAACCUCAAAGCUCUGAACCCUGGCAAACAAGCUCAUGCACAGAUGAUAGUAACUGGUUUUGUUCCCACCGUUUUUGUUUCCAACUGUUUGCUUCAAUUAUACUGCAAAUGUUCGAAUAUGAAUUACGCGUUUAACGUGUUCGACAGAAUGCCUCAACGGGAUGUGAUUUCUUGGAACACUAUGAUAUUUGGUUAUGCUGGAGUUGGAAACAUGGGGUUUGUGGAGUUUUUGUUUGAUUCGAUGCCGGAGAGAGAUGUUGUUUCAUGGAAUUCUUUGUUGUCGUGUUAUUUGCAAAACGGGAUUCAUCGAAAGUCGGUUGAGGUUUUUGUCAAGAUGAGAUCGUUGAAAGUUUCGCAUGAUUAUGCUACUUUUGCGGUUGUUUUGAAAGCGUGUACUGGUAUUGAGGAUUAUUGUUUAGGACUUCAGAUUCAUUGUAUUGCGAUUCAGAUGGGUUUCGAGAGUGAUGUCGUGACAGGUACUGCUCUGGUGGAUUUGUAUUCAACAUGUAAGAAACUUGAUUAUGCUUUUAAGGUUUUUGAUGCGAUGCCAGAGAGGAAUUCGGUGUGUUGGAGUGCUGUAAUUGCAGGGUAUGUUCGAAAUGAUCGGUUUAUUGAGGGAUUGAAAUUGUAUACGGAUAUGUUGAAGGAAGGUAUAGGGGUGAGUCAAUCAACCUUUGCUAGUGCAUUUAGGGCGUGUGCCGGAUUAUCUGCGUUUGAAUUCGGCACGCAGUUGCAUGCUUAUGCUCUGAAGACUAAUUUCGGAUACGAUAGUAUAGUAGGAACUGCUACGUUAGAUAUGUAUGCUAAAUGUGACAGAAUGUUUGAUGCUCAAAAACUAUUUAACGCAUUCCCCAACCCUACCCGGCAAUCUCAUAAUGCCAUUAUUGUUGGAUAUGCACGACAAGAUCAAGGUCUUGAAGCAUUAAAGGUUUUUCGUUCUUUGCAGAAGUCUUAUCUUGGCUUCGACGAGAUUAGUUUGUCUGGUGCUUUGACGGCAUGUUCAGCGAUCAAAGGCCAUUUGGAGGGGAUUCAACUACAUGGAUUAGCGGUCAAAUGUGGUUUGGAGUUUAAUAUCUGUGUUGCAAAUACCAUUUUAGACAUGUAUGCAAAAUGUGGAGCAUUGAUGGAAGCUUGUUUGAUAUUUGAUGAUAUGGAAAGAAAGGAUGCUGUGUCUUGGAAUGCUAUCAUUGCCGCUCACGAGCAAAAUGAACGAGUUGAAGAAACGCUUUCACUCUUUGUUUCAAUGUUGCGGUCAACGAUGGAACCAGAUGAUUUUACUUUUGGAAGCGUUGUAAAGGCAUGUGCCGGUCAGAAAGCAUUGAAUUAUGGUAUGGAAAUCCAUGGACGAGUUAUUAAGUCCGGAAUGGGAUUAGAUUGGUUUGUUGGAAGUGCCGUGAUUGAUAUGUAUUGCAAGUGUGGAAUGCUAGUGGAAGCAGAAAAGAUUCACGAAAGAUUGGAAGAGCAAACAACUGUUUCUUGGAAUUCAAUCAUUUCGGGAUUCUCGUCGCAAAAGCAAGGUGAAAAUGCUUUGAGGUAUUUCUCUCAUAUGCUACAAGUCGGUGUAAUACCUGACAAUUUCACAUAUGCUACGGUUCUCGAUAUUUGCGCUAAUUUGGCUACCGUCGAACUUGGAAAACAGAUUCAUGGACAAAUUCUAAAGCUACAGUUGCAUUCUGAUGUGUAUAUAGCUAGUACUAUUGUAGACAUGUAUUCAAAAUGUGGAAAUAUGCAGGAUUCAAGAGUAAUGUUUGAGAAGGCGCCUAAGCGGGACUACGUAACUUGGAGCGCCAUGAUUUGUGCAUAUGCAUACCAUGGACUUGGAGAAGAUGCCAUUAAAUUAUUUGAGGAGAUGCAGCUUCAGAAUGUGAAACCAAACCAUACAAUUUUCAUUUCAGUCCUCAGAGCCUGUGCGCAUAUGGGUUUUGUAGAUAAAGGCCUACAUUACUUCCGGAAAAUGCGAAGUGACUACGGUUUAGAUCCCCAGAUGGAGCAUUAUUCAUGUAUGGUAGAUCUACUAGGUAGGUCAGGCCAAGUAAAUGAAGCUCUGAAGCUUAUUGAAAGCAUGCCUUUUGAAGCUGAUGAUGUAAUAUGGAGAACUUUACUCGGUAUUUGCAAGUUGCAAGGGAAUGUCGAAGUUGCAGAAAAAGCAGCCGAUUCUUUAUUGCAGUUGGACCCUCAAGAUUCUUCUGCUUACGUUCUUUUGUCAAAUGUAUAUGCUAUUGCAGGAAUUUGGGGUGAGGUUGCGAAAAUAAGAAGUUUGAUGAAGAAUUAUAAGUUAAAGAAGGAGCCUGGAUGUAGCUGGAUUGAGGUAAGAGACGAGGUGCAUGCGUUUCUUGUCGGGGACAAGGCACAUCCAAGAUCUGAGGAGAUAUAUGAGCAAACUCAUUUGCUUGUGGAUGAGAUGAAGUGGGAUGGAUAUGUUCCUGAUAUUGAUAAUUUCCUGCUAGAUGAGGAAAUGGAAGAUGAAGAUCAUUAUGAGGAACACAAAAUCGCUGCUGUGUAGAGUGAGAUAAUGUAGAAAAGAAUUCAGGCGCCGCCUUCAAUGGUAUAAUGACAAUUUCUAAAGCAGAAGUCUGUGAAGAACCGAGCAAUUUGAAAAGAUAUAUGGAAGCCGAAUUGCGGCCGGAUAUGGUGGUCAUUUAGGGCGUGCCAACGAGUUUGAACGGUAUAUCCAGCAGAUUGGUUUACAGCAAUGAGCUUGUGCUUGAAGGUGGUGCGGAGGAGAGAGAAACCACGCUUGUGCAGUGCGGCUCUUGAGUGUUUUUGAGGUUCUGUUGCAGUGUUUAGCCUCGGUAUAGUAUCUUCCUUUUGCCAGUCUCGGCAUCUGGCCCACUGUGGUUUCACUGGGAUGGCGCUGUGGUUUAUGCAGGUCAUGAAUUUCUGUAUGUGGCUUUUCGAUUUGCCUUUUGUAUUGUUUACAGUUUUGCCUUGCCUAAGCUGUUGGGCGGAUGCACACGGCUCUGCGUGACUUGCAGCAGUUUCGGUUUUGUAAGUUUGGUACUUUUGGUCCCUGCUGGCAUGUGGUGUGUCUGGUGUUUAACCCCGACAUUAUACCGAAAAUUUAGUUACAUCUAAUAACAGAAACUCAUCCGCCUGCAAAUGGAAUAAAAAGUGAAGAUUUUGUUGUCAGUAAUUUUCCUCUAUAUACAUAUCUUUAGUGCAUGUGCAUGCUUAGAUAGGCAGUGAAUUUAGUGAAAUCACGGUGUCGCUGUGAUUUUGUUGAAGUUCUUAAGCGGAGAUUUUCAUAAAAUUAUGUUGUCACACUAUGAUUCUACUAAACUCUUUGUCAAUCCAAACAUGCACUUAGAAUCUACUAUGAAUCUGUGAUAUGUAUAUACACUCAAAAAUUCAUCCUUUCCUUACCAAGAAAGUUAUUGUUAUCAGUUCUUUUAUUAGCUAUUGCUGAAGAGUGUAUAAUUCAUUCUGAUUUUGCUCUUGUUAUCAUUCUAAGCCUAUCAAC